UCUAUUUUCCGAGGAACAAAGACUGAUCUGGGGGAAGUGCUGGACCCAGGCUAAAGGGAUUUUUAGCCUGUGAAUGGAACACCUGGGGUUUCCAAGCUGUAAGCAAGUGCAGCUUGCCCCUUAAGGAUCUUCAGCCUGCUUAUAUCAUCACCUAGGGGUUUCCCAUUUCCAAACCUGAUGUGAUCUGCCAGCUGGAACUAGGGAAAGAGCCAUGGGUCCCAGAUCUUCAGGGCUCAGCGGAAAAAGAGCUCCUGAGAUGCGCCAACACAGCAGGUGAUGGGAUGGUGAGGGAGAAUGAGGAGCAAGUGGAACUAUCUGGGGCGUUAUUGCAAAGAUCCAAAGGGACUGUGACCAGGAGUUCUGAACAGGGAAAAGCCUGUGAGAGUCAGCACAGGCCAGAGAGUCAGCAGGGAAACCAACCAGGGCAAAAAGUGGGUAAAUCCAUUAAUUGUCAGGAAACUCAUGAGGACCUCAAGGAAACCACAGCCCAGCAGAGAAUCCCCACAGGCGAGAGAAACAAUACGUGCACGGAGUGUGGGAAAACCUUCAGUAGCCGUUCAAGCCUUAUUACACAUCAGCGGAUCCACACAGGAGAGCGACCCUAUAACUGCUGUGAGUGUGGGAAAAACUUCAGUCGGAGCUCAACCCUUAUUACACAUCAGAGAAUCCACACAGGAGAGAGACCUUAUGGAUGCGGUGAGUGCGGCAAAACCUUCAGUCAGCGGUCACAUCUUAUUACGCAUCAGAGAAUCCACACAGACGACAGGCCCUAUGAAUGCUGUGAGUGUGCAAAAAACUUCAGUAUGAUCUCACACCUUAUUAGACAUCAGAGGAUCCACACAGGAGAGAGGCCCUAUGAGUGCUGUGAGUGCAGGAAAACCUUCAGUUACCGAUCAGGCCUUAUUACACAUAGGCGAAUCCAUACAGGAGAGAGGCCCUAUGGAUGCUGUGAGUGCGGGAAAACCUUCAGUCAGAGCUCACACCUUAUUACACAUCAGAGAAUCCACACAGAAGACAGGCCCUAUGAGUGCUGUCAGUGCAGGAAAACCUUCACUCGACACGCACACCUUAUUAGACAUCAGCAGAUCCACACAGGAGAGAGACCCUAUGAAUGCUGUGAAUGCAGGAAGAACUUCACUCGGAUCUCACAUCUUAUUACACAUCAGAGGAUCCAUACAGGAGAAAGACCCUAUAGAUGCUCCGACUGUGGGAAAAGCUUCCAUCAGAGCUCAGCUCUUAUUUAUCAUCAGAGAAUCCACAAGGGAGAUAAAAACCAUAAAAACUUUGUCUAGUGUUUUAAUAUUUUUGCUGAUUCCUACAUAGUGACCUUUAAGCCUAUUUGCACCGUUUGUCGUCGUGGUCUCUCAGGUCCUCCCAGGUGAAAGGCCCACUUUUGCAGCUCACCUUCUUUGGGGGGAAUCCUGUGGUCCUUUCUGUCAGCUGCUUUGUCCUAUGACAAUUCUGUAAUAAUAAGACAGCACCGAAUGAUGCAGGGUUGAAUAGAUCAGAGGGGGAAUGUGAUCGGAGAAUCUAUUAUUCUGAUUCUGAAUUAUCAAAUGCAAUCUUCUCUGGAAUUUCACUUUAUCUGAAACUGAAAGUGUCUUUUACCUCUUACGUGAUAUGAGUUUUUCCUCUUUCCUGAAGGCCGUUUGGUCACAUAACUGGAUAUUAGUUGUGUUUGACAGAAUGUAGCUCAGAUUUAUUGGGAACUUUGAGACAAAUAACCAGCUGCUAAAAUACUCAUUUCUCACUUUAUUUUAGCUUUUUCCCCAUCCCUCCAUGAUGACAUAGAGAAAGUUCAAGUGCAGUUCAGUAAACAGGAGGGACUACUUCAAGUUAUUGGACAUGAUAGCAAGGAAACCAAAGUAGUAGUAUAACGCUCCAGUAUGAAAUGCUGGACAGUAGCACACCCCAAAUUGUGCAGCUAACUGCGUAUGUGUUGUUCAAUUGCUUAGGUCAAUAUUGUCUCAGAUAAUCCCUGGAGAGAAUUCCACAGUAAAUGAUUUAGGAGGAAGCAAAAUACCCAUGUAUUUGGUUCCCAAACAGUUGAGACCUAGUACCUACAAGAUCUCUUAACUAAUCCUAUGAUUUAGGACACAUUGUCCCUAACUACGUAGAUGUGGAGGAAACAGAAGAGGUGUUCUUGUUGAACUCACCCUUCGUAGUGCAAAUGUGAAUCAAAUUAACUGAGUGUUGAAUGUGACAUAGCUGCAGAAAAAUAAUUGUUUUCAAAUAGAAACCCCCUUCCCACCUUUGGUAGAUUAGAGAUUCUGAUCCAGGCCUGUAUCUAGUUCCUAAUGUCAAUCUGUGCCAACAGAUUAAAGAAACAAACUUGGCCACUUGGUACUAACACUGCUGAGAUUUUUGGGUGGUUUGGUAAAGGAUUCUGCUCCAGAGAUGUGUAAAUUUACCCUGACCAAGGCCAAGGACUUGGCAAGAACUCAGGUCAAAAUAGCAGGCAACUAGUUGUUGGCAUUCACACCAGAGAAGAAAGCUAUGGUGGACUAUGGUUCAGGUAAAACGGUUUUAAAAACAUCCUUCACUAGUGCAGCGGCAUUGACUACAGUCUCAAGGGAUACCAUAGCUCGAUUGAGAACAAUUGUCCUUUACCACCUGGAUCCAAAGUUUCAAGAGGCAAAGAAAGAAGCAGUUGGUGCCUUCAGAGGACAUUCCUUCCCAUGGAUGCCAAUCUUGCUGCUUUGUUGUACAUUGAAGACUUUCAUGAUAUUCAAGUGCUGAUAACCAAUGAAGGAAUCGAUGUUUCAGCCUCUAGAUCUGGCCUGAAUCCUGAGUCUAUGCUUUUGUUUGCUCUUGUGUCUUAUGCAUUUGCAUCCCUUCUCAUCCACCUCCUGCUACUCUGAAAGAUUAAAAUGUGGGAAAAGAGACUAGAGGUGCUUGUUCUCAUGAUACAAACUUUCCCACAUAGUGUGAGACCCCUUUCCACAAACACUCGUGAGAGAAGGCCCAGCAACAAACAAACUCACAGAAGUAACAGGCCCGUUUUGGGGUAAGCUACAGCUUUACACAAGGGUUCACUCGGUGGAAGUAGGGAUUAAAAGAAACCUAACGUGUAUGAUAAGAUUGUGCAAUCUUUGACCCUGUUAUUACCAAUGGAAAUGAAAUUAAAUAUGAAGUUUAUUGGUUAAGAGUAAAGAUUAAUUAUAUGAUAAUCUAAAUUAGAUUGGAAAACUGAAAGUUACAGCUUUUCUUGGUGUUAGUAAUAGAGGAGAUUUGAUGAUUUAACUAAACUGAUGACUUGAUUCCAGUACAAUAUCAUUAACCUCAGUGCAGUGAUAGAAACAAUCAGCCACCAGUGGGAGCCAAAGGGCAAGUGUAGAGAGACCAGAAUGAAAAAAGUCUUGGUAUUACUUUUUUCCCCCCUCAUUCUUGUGUCUAACUUGUCCAUUGGCUCCCCCUGGUGGCUGACUGAUUCUGUCACUACACUGAGGUUAAUGAUAUUGUACUGGAAUCAAGUCAUCAAUUUAGUUAAAUCUUCAAAAAAUGCUUCACGUCCACGGCCAUUCAAGAGCAGUUUAAAGUUCUCAUGACAAGCUGGAUCUGGAUGUAUUAAAGUGUCUGUCCUUCUGUCCGCUCUGUCCAUCAGGAAUAAUUAAGAUGAUGAAAAAUAACCAAGUGUAAUAAUAUUUACUAAGGCUGUCAAGUGAUUAAAAAGGUAAUCAUGAUUAAUUUUGCACUGUUAAUAAUAGAAUACCAUUUAUUUCACUAUUUUUUAUGUUUUCUACAUUUUCAAUUAUAUUGAUUUCAAUUACAACACAGAACACAAACUGUAUAGUGCUCUUUAUAUUUAUUUUUAUUACAAAUAUUUGCACUGUAAAAAAACAAAGAAAUAGUAUAUUUCAGUUCACCUAAUACAGUAAUUCCUCACUUACAGUUGUCCGGGUUAACGUUAUGUUGCUGAUUUACCAGAGAACAUGCUCAUUUAAAGUUGCGCAAUGCUUCCUUAUAACAUUGUUUGGCAGCCGCCUGCUUUGUCCACUGCUUGCAGAAAGAGCAGCCCCUUGGAGCUAGUGAUGGGGGCUUGGAACCAGGGUGGGCCGGCAGCCCCCCCAAGUUCCCUGUGCCACAGCCACGCAGCAGGCUAUCAGUUGCCAGCAGUUCAGCUGUCCCUGACCCCACUGCUGUGUGCUGCUCCUGCCCUCUGCCUUGGAGCCGGUCCUGGGAGCCUCCUGCUUGCUAUGCAGUGGAGGGGUGGGGG